UGGUCUCUUAUUUUACAUCGCACAAGAACACAACGCAGAACGGUAGCCAGAUACGAUACAGAAGUAGUUCGACAGUGGACUACAGGCUAUAACACCAUCGUAAGUGAACUCCAGAGAAAGAGAUCAGAAUCACCAACACACAGCUGUAUCUCCAUGAAGAGUGAUCAGUCUAUGGCUCCUCCUCUGGGGCUUAAAGGUGGAGACUCAUCUCUUCUACACAGUAAACCCAAGAGAAAGAGAUCAGAAUCACCAACACACAGCUGUAUCUCCAUGAAGAGUGAUCAGUCUAUGACAUAUCCUCCUGUGUUUAAAGAUGGAGACUCAUCACUUGGACACAGUAAACCCAAGAGAAAGAGAUCAGAAUCACCAACACACAGCUGUAUCUCCAUGAAGAGUGAUCAGUCUAUGACAUAUCCUCCUGUGUUUAAAGAUGGAGACUCAUCACUUGGACACAGUGAACUCCAGAGAAAGAGAUCAGAAUCACCAACACACAGCUGUAUCUCCAUGAAGAGUGAUCAGUCUAUGGCUCCUCCUCUGGGGCUUAAAGGUGGAGACUCAUCUCUUCUACACAGGUACGACCCAGAAUCUGCUGGUGGAAAUGAAUUCCAGAAAAAGUUCAAAUUAAAUCUGAUGAAGAAGUUUCAGUGUUUGAAUGGAGUGAUAAUAAACCUGGGAACCCAAACACUCCUGAAUGAGAUCUACACAGAGCUCUACAUCACAGAGGGAGACAGUGGAGAAGUCAAUAAUGAACAUGAGGUGAGACAGAUCGAGGCAGCAUCCAGGAGAAGAACAACAGAGGAAACACCAAUCAAAUGCAAUGACAUCUUUAAGCCUUUAUCUGAACAAGACAAACCCAUCAGAACUGUGCUGACAAAGGGAGUUGCUGGUAUCGGAAAAACAGUCUCUGUGCAGAAGUUCAUUCUGGACUGGGCUGAAGGGAAAGCAAAUCAGGACGUCCACUUCAUAUUUCCACUUCCUUUCAGAGAGCUGAACUUGAUGAAGGACCAGACACUGAGUCUGAUGGAGUUCCUUCAUGUCUUUUUUAAGGAAACAAAAGAAACAGAAAUGUCCAGUUUGGAAAAGGUUCUGUUCAUUUUUGACGGAUUGGACGAGUGUCGUGUUCCUCUAGAUUUCCAGAACACAGUGAGAGUGUGUGAUGUAACUGAAUCAGCAUCAGUGCCUGUGCUGCUGAUAAACCUGAUCAAAGGGAAUCUGCUUCCCUCUGCUCUCAUCUGGAUCACCUCCAGACCUGCAGCAGCUGAUCAAAUCCCCUCUGAGUGUGUGGAUCGAGUCACAGAGAUACGAGGGUUUAGUGACCCACAGAAGGAGGAGUACUUCAGGAAGAGGAUCAGUGAUCAGAGCCUGGCCAAUAACAUCAUCACACACCUGAAGUCAUUAAGAAGCCUCUACAUCAUGUGUCACAUCCCAGUCUUCUGCUGGAUUACAGCCACUGUUCUAGAGAGAAUGUUGGGUGAAGCAGAGAGUGGAGAGAUCCCCAAGACUCUGACUCAAAUGUACACACACUUCCUCAUCAUUCAGAUAAACAUCAUAAGAGAAAAAUACCCAAAGAAGCAGGAGAGUGAUGAAGAAAUGCUUCUUAAACUGGGACAACUGGCUUUUCAGCAGCUGAUGAAAGGGAACCUGAUCUUCUAUGAUGAAGACCUGAGAGAGUGUGGUAUUGAUGUGAGAGAAGCAGCAGUGUACUCAGGUGUGUGUACUCAGAUCUUCAGAGAGGAGUUUGGGCUUCACCAGAGUAAAGUGUAUUGCUUUGUUCAUCUGAGCAUUCAGGAGCAUCUCGCAGCUCUGUAUGCGCACCUGACCUUCAUGAAGGAGAAGAGAAAUGUUCUUAAACAAAUUCAGGAUUCUAACAGGAGGAUGGAAGAAAAUACAAUCUCAGGUGUACACAACAGUGCUGUAGAUCAGACUUUACAAAGACAGUCUGGACGUCUGGGCCUGAACCUCAUGAUGGGGAUGAAAAAUUUUAUUAUACCGGAUCAUAUUUCUAACUUGUGUAUGGGAGCAAAUACAAUCUCAGAUGUACACAACAGUGCUGUAUAUCAGGCUUUAGAAAGUCAGACUGGACAUCUGGAUCUUUUCCUUCGCUUUCUUUUGGGUCUCUCAAUGGAGUCCAACCAGAAACUCUUACAUGUUUUAGUAACACAGACAGGAAGUAACCUCCAGGGCAUAAAGUAUACAGUUCAGUACAUUAAGAUGAAGAUAAGUGAAGAUCAUCUUUCAGAGAAAUCUAUCAAUCUGUUCCACUCUCUGAAUGAACUGGGUGAUGAUUCUCUAGUGGAGGAAAUCCAACACUACCUGAAAUCUGGAAAACAAAGUGAACUUUCUUCUUCACAGCUUUCUGCUCUGGUGUUUGUGAUACUGACAUCAGCACAGGAGCUGGAUGAGUUUGACCUGAGUAAAUAUUUCAGUACAGAUAAGAUAACAGAAGAUGUUGUUCUGAAGAUGAUGCCUGUGAUUACAGCAUCCAGUAAAGCAAUUAUCAGCUGUGAUUCACUUGGAGUAAAAAGUUGGUCAUCUCUGGUCUCAGCGCUCAGAUCAGAAACCUCCAAUCUGAGAGAACUUCAUCUGAAUGUGAAAAAACUGGAUCUGACCUGGAAUAAUCGAGAAGACUCAGGAGUGAAUAUUCUCUCUGCUGGACUGGAGAAUCCUCACUGUAAAGUGGAGACACUGACGAUGUGUAAUUGUGAUGUCUCAGAUGAAGACUGUGCUGCUCUGACUUCAGCUCUGAGAUCAAAACUCUCACACCUGAGAUACCUGGAUCUGUCCUGUAAUUAUCUAGGAGACUCAGGAGUGAAGAGUCUCUCUGCUGUACUGGAGAAUCCUCACUGUAAACUGGAGACACUGAGGUUGUGUGGUUGUGGUGUCUCAGCUGAAGGCUGUGCUGCUCUGACUUCAGCUCUGAGAUCAAACCCCUCACACCUGAGAAAACUGGAUCUGAUCGAUAAUAAUCUAGGAGACUCAGGAGUGAAGAGUCUCUCUGCUGUACUGGAGAAUCCUCACUGUAAACUGGAGUCACUGUGUUGGCGUGGUUGUGGUGUCUCAGCUGAAGGCUGUGCUGCUCUGACUUCAGCUCUGAGAUCAAACCCCUCACACCUGAGAUACCUGAAUCUGUCUGAUAAUAAUCUAGGAGACUCAGGAGUGAAGAGUCUCUCUGCUGUACUGGAGAAUCCUCACUGUAAACUGGAGACACUGUGGUUGUGGCAGUGUGGUGUCUCAGAUGAAGGCUGUGCUGCUCUGACUUCAGCUCUGAGAUCAAACCCCUCACACCUGAGAGAACUGGAUCUGUCCUGUAAUAAACUAGGAGACUCAGGAGUGAAGAUGCUCUCUGAUCUUAGGGAUGAUGAACAUUACAAACUACAGACACUGAUGGUCUAAUGAAUAUCUGUGUGUGAUGAAGACUCCAGUGUUCCUGCAUUACCAUGAUGGAGAAUAGAGAACAUGUUUAUUAACACAUCACUCAUUUAGUUCUAACACAUUAAACAGUCUCAGAGACGUGAGAAGUGUGUGUUCAUCGUGUACAGUGAAUCAGACUAAACACAAUUCUACACUGAGUUUAUCCUCUGAUCCCUGGAUAAAAUUCCCUGGACCUCAAUCCUAUAAAAACCUGAGGGAUUAUUUGUAACAGCAGGUGAAAAUCCACAUGAACUCGAGCUGAACCCUGUUCAUUUUACUGUUUGUGUGAUUUAUUAUUUGUUUAUUAUGUAAGAAUGAUGGAUAGAAUGGAUGAUGAAGGAAAUGAACGGGUAACUUCAUGCUCAUUAGAUAAACCUUAUCAAUGCUAUCAAACUUCAAAUCCCUACUCUCAUAUUCCCAUCUAAAGUGAGAUUAAGGCUACAGAUACCAGUAAACGUAGAGCUAGGAGAAAAAGACAAAGAGAAGCAAAAAAGAAGAGAAUCAGAAAAACAGCAGAAGAAAUAAAACAACUGUUGAAUAAAAUAAAGAAAAUGAAGCUUGAGGAAUGAAGAGUUGAAAGAUUUGAAUAUGAGUGUUUAGAAGAAGACAACGAGGGAUCAGACGCUGUACCUAGACAGCUGGAAGAAGAUUCCAAAAGAAAAGAUUAUAAUGCAUUAUGUGUUAUUAUGUAGCUUUGUAGAAGCCAACAUUCUGUUUUCCUACUUAAGCUUAUUAUCAAGAGUAACUCGUCCUAGGGCUUUCGAGCCACAUGCACCAAAUUCGGAUAUGUCGUAGACCCUGGUCUGAAGUUUGUUGCUAUUACUUUUAAGUAAGCUUAAGUAGGAAAACAGAAUGUUGGCUUCUACUAAGCGAUCGGAAUUCCGGCAUUCCCGGUACGGAAGCUCAAAUUGGCCUUUUUUCGUAUCCACUUCCAUUAUAAACUUUGGAGGUUUAUAACUCGGCAAGUGUUCGAGCGAUUUACACCAAACUCGGACAGGUUCUUUAGGACGUUACUCCGGACGAAGUUUUUGUCUCAGCAUUCCGACGGAACUUUCCGACGGACGGUUUUCCCGUAGUUGACGAUGGAACAUCCCGUAGACUUGAAUGGGGAAUUCCUAAAAUUCCUCUAAGCUCUCACACACGCAGCGUGCGCAGAGCUCAGGCACGUGAAAAUCCAAAAUUUGCACAAUAUGGACAUGUGACAUAUCAAAACACUCGGCACAAUGAGGGGAACUGCCUCACGUGUAUUUUGGUCAUGUCACGUGACGUCACGUGUAGCCCCGCCCCCAAAAUAAGCGAAAUAAAAGAUUUGCACAACAUGGACAUGUGACAUAUCAAAACACUCAGCACAAUAAGGGGAACUGCCUCACGUGUAUUCUGGCCACGUCACGUGACGUCACGUGAAAAUAAAAAAUUUGCACAACAUGGACAUGUGACAUAUCAAAACACUCAGCACAAUGAAGGGAACUGCCUCACGGGUAUUCGGAUCACGUCACAUGCUCAUGUCUGCUCCAAAAGUAUUGGCACCCUAGCGGUCCAAUAGCUUUCACAAUCUUUGUCCACUUGCCUCCAAAAAUAACACUAACCCUUAUGUCCACUCGCCUCCACUGGCCUUUGCGAAUACUUGCACCGCCAAAGCCAACAUCAAAGUUUGUCUCGACGAACUUUACAAAUCUAGUUAUUAUUAUUAUUAUUAUUAUUAUUAUUAUUAUUACUAUUAUUAUUAUUCUUAGCCAAAAAUUUAUCAAGAGUAACUCCUCCUAGGGCUUUUAAGCCACAUGCACGUCACGUGUAGCCCCGCCCCCAAAAUAAGCGAAAUCAAAAUGACACGUGCAAAUUAAAAAUUAGCACAACAUGGACAUGUGACAUAUCAAAACAUUCAGCACAAUUAGGGGAAGUGCCUCACGUGUAUUUUGGUCACGUCACGUGAGGUCACAUGUAGCCCCGCCCCCAAAAUAAGUGAAAUCAAAAAUUAGCACAACAUGGACAUGUGACAUAUCAAAACACUCAGCACAAUGACGGGAACUGCCCCACGUGUAUUUUGGUCACGUCACGUGAAAAUCCAAAAUUUGCACAACAUGGACAUGUGACAUCAAAACACUCAGCACAAUGAGGGGAACUGCCUCACGUGUAUUUUGGUCAAGUCAUGUGACGUCACGUGUAGCCCCGCUCCCAAAAUAAGCAAAAUAAAAAAUUUGCACAAUAUGGACAUGUGACGUAUCAAAACACUCAGCACAAUGAGGGGAACUGCCUCACGGGUAUUCAGAUCACGUCACUUGCUCAUGUCCGCUCGCCUCCAAAAGUAUUGGCACCCUAGCGGUCCAGUAGCUUUCACAAUCUUUCUGUCCACUUGCCUCCAAAAGUAACACUGACCCUUAUGUCCACUCGCCUCCAAAAAACACCGGCCUUUGCAAAUACUUGCACCGUCAAAGCCAACAUCAAAGUUUGUCGCGACAAACUUUACAAAUCUAGUUAUGUUUUAUUUUCAGAUGUUCUAGAGAAUUCUGAAACGCUCUUCUUUUUCUUAUAAUCAUGUAUUCUCCUGUAAUAGAAUUGAUUAGAUUAAUAUUGCUUUUUUUUACUGUAAACUUAUAUGAAAAGCUGUAUCUAGUAGUGAAAGCUUAUGAAGCCUUCUGUGUAUUCGCGGGGAGUAAUGUGCAAGCAAAGUUUUUUUUUAGCUUGCUGUCUAAUUCCACGGCGAGAGAAAGCUUCAGUCCUAUAUAAUAACAGCCUGACAAGUUGCAGGAAGUUAACUGCAACCAUAUGACCAUAUAUAGAAGUGUUAACCUUGAGAAUAGAGAAAAAAAAGACAUUAGUAGCACACACAGAGUCGCCGGAGAGAUAUGUUUGGGAAAACGAGAAAUGGUUGGGAGAUAAGAUGGUAGCCGACUAGAAGGCACAAAGCCGACCAAACCCAACAGCCAAAUCCAACUGGCAACAGUAAUUAUACAGAAAGUAUAAAAGCUCAUUCAAAAAAAGGAAUAAAAGCUCAAAUCAAAUCACAUUGUGUGCAUUCUAUUGUAAACAGCCUUAAGGCAUGUUAUACUUUAGGUGCAUCAUAGAACAAACGCAAGCUUACACUUGGAGAGUGUUUCGUGGUUUGUUAUAAUUUUUAUAUCUUAAUAACUUUUAAUUAUUCCAAUACUGUUUGAUUAUUUGACGUUUUUAUUUGUAGUUUUCUUUUUACUUUACAUAUAUUACACACAUCUAUCUGUAUUACACUACUUUUAAUAAAAACAAGGCCUCCCAUUGUGAGGAUCCUGAAAAGACAAAAA